GGUGAACCCACUAUUGUGACUGUAAAGGAUGAAGCUGUUGAUAUGGACUCAGCAGCUCCGCUGCCUGCCGCUCGUUGCCGGCCCCACGCCGGGCGGCGCACUGUGGCACAUGGGUUCAUCCUAGCUCGUCCUGCAUUGCCUCUGGCCACAACCCUGCUGCAGCUUGGUGCUCCCUCAGCUGCUGCUACAGCUACCGCUACAGCUGCUGCUUCACCUGGUUCACUGUUUCGACCUGAAGUCUCACCUGGUGGUCGGAUUCCACCUGAGAAGCAGUCAGGGAGUCAGGGGAUUCCAACAGACGCAGCAGCUGAGGGAAGUGGUGAGAGAUUGGCAGCAGGAGUUCCUGCCACAUCAGCAUCACUUGAUUUGACCACACCUGCCACAUCACCUAAGCUUAUCCCCACUCCCACAACAAAAGUCCAUGCAGUCAGUGCCACGUCAGCGGAACGUGUCAUACCUUCCACAUCAGCAGACCCUACCGCCAAUGCCAUGUCAGCAGAGCUAGUCGCUGCCUGCCUGGGAGCCAAUCGCGUGCUGCGAUCGCGUAAGGCAGCGGCAAAGACUUCACAAGGCGCGAAGAGGCCUCAAGGUGUGAAGCCACCACUUGGUGGCAAGAAUGGCGAAUGCGGAGGGAGGAGAAUGGGCCAUCGGGCAUCUCCCCGGGCAGCUGACAAGGCCUCUCCUGUUCCUCCCAAAGUGCAAGAUGAGACCCGAGUGGAAGGAGUAAACCUGAGAAUCUGGCAUUUAUCCAGCACUAGGAAGUUGCUAUCGGAGAGGUGGAAGGGGGAAGAGGGAGAUGGGGAUGGGGAUGGGGAUGGGCAUGGGGAUGGGGAUGGGCAUGGGCAUGGGCAUGGGAAUGGGGAUGGGGAUAAGGAUGAGGAAGAGGAGGAGGAGGAGGAAGAAACACUUGAGGAAAACCAAGAGGGUGGUGGGAGAGAAGAAGGGGUUGAAAGGGGUAGUGUGGAGAGGAGUGGGAGGGGGAGGGGGAGGGGGAGUGAGAGAGGGAGUGAGGAGAAGAGGGGGAGAGGGAGACUGGCUUUGAAGAGCAGACCGGGAAAGAGAAAGGUUGGGAAGCCUCGAGGUAGGGGGAGGCCCCCCAAGAGGAGACGGAAGGAGGAGGAAAGUUCGGAGGACGAGGACGAGGAGGAGGAUAGCGAGGAGGAGAGUGAGGAGGAAGGUGGAAAGGAAGAUGCAGAGGAGGAGGCAGGAGGGCAGGAGGGCAUGAGAGGGGAGGAGCGAGUAAGAAGAGGGGGGAGACACGUGGCAGAGAAGGGCAGGGGUGCUAGUAAUAACAAGGAGAUUGUGGGUCGAAAACCCGGGGAAAAGGAGGGAUUGGCGGAAGAGCAGGUAUGGGGGGAUGGGGGAGGAGGAGGGAAGCAGUACAGCAGGAGAAAGCAUAGGAGGAGGUGAAUGCAGGAGAGGAGAGAGGAUGGGUGACAGGAAGUGAGCACAUACAGGCAACUCAGGUAGGGGGCUUCCAACUCAGGUGGAGGGAGAGAUAGGUGUAGGUUUUGUUGGAGUACCGUAUUUACGCUUUCGAGUGCAACGCAGCAGCUGGUUCCUUACGGUGAUGUGGCGACAGACGGCGUCUCAACUUCCCGUACCGUAACAGCGUCAGCGGUCAGGUCGGCCAUCAGUAGACUGUAGAGGUUUGAUUGAAACUUUGCCACUGCUGGCCUACAGCAAGUUCGCAAUCUGGUUGUAACCUGUAGGAUUUCUUACGGUGCUUUUAUGCAUUGCAGCUUCUUAAUUCCCUAACACUAUCAAUG